UUAUUGAAAUAAUAAUAAUUAACCGAUACAGAUAUGGGAGCCUCACUGGUCUAUCUCGAAUCGCCGAACAAAGAAAAACAUGUCCAGCACGGCCAAAAUGACAACUUCUCAUAUGGAGCCUGAGAAAUGCAAGGCUGGAGGCUCGGUAUGGAGGAUGCCGUUAUUGCCAACCUCGACUUUGACGAGGAUACAUCCCUCUUUGGGGUAUUUGACGGCCAUGGAGGCAAAGAAGCCUCACAGGUUGUCAAAGACAACUACGAGAGAAUUCUUAAAGAAGACUCAAACUACAAAGAUGGGGACUACCAAAAAGGCCUCUACGACAGUUUCAAAGAAACCGAUGUAUUUUUAGGAAGCAAAACUGGAAAGCAGCAAAUGAAGGCAGUCGCUGAUAGUAACCCAGAAGCUAAAAAUCCAUUGUUGAAAAUCCUCGGAGAAGAAGCCAAAGAUAAGCCAGCAGGCGAAAGAGACGAAGAAAGUUACAUGCUCGACUCCAAAGGGUGCACUGCCAACGUCGUUUUGAUCAAAGGCUCCGCCAUUUACUGCGCAAACGCAGGCGAUUCCAGAUGCGUAUUGUCCAGGGAGGGUAAAGCAGUCAAUUUGUCAGAGGACCAUAAGCCCGAAAACGAGAUCGAAAGGGAGAGAAUCAGAAAGGCCGGCUCCGAAAUCGUUGAUGGCAGAGUCGACGGCAACUUGAACUUGUCGAGGUCACUUGGCGACCUCAAACACAAGCAGAAGCCAGGCUUGACACCAGAGGAACAACCCAUUACUUGUGUUCCAGACAUCGCUGUGGACAAGAUCAAGCCCGGAGACGACUUCAUUGUCAUGGCCUGAGAUGGCAUUUGGGAAGUCAAGUCGUCGCAAGAUGUCGUUGACUUCAUAUCGGAGCGCCUCAAAAAAGACAUGAAAUUAACAGAUAUUAUUGGGGAACUUUUCGAGGACAUAAUAUCGCCUGACUAUACUGCAACACAGGGUCUUGGAUGCGACAACAUGAGCUGUAUAAUUAUCAAACUUAGAUAA